CCGCCGCUCCCGCUCCGCUCCCGCUGCCGCUCCGCAACUUUCGGGGGAACACCGCCCCCUCGCCCUCGUCCUCUCGCCGGCGGCUGUGUAAGAACAAAGUCAGCAGCAGCACCUUUACCAAAGCAACCACCUGCAUUCCUCCUCUCCUCUGGAAUGGACAAUGGGAUGGUCUCUGGCUUUAUCAUGAUCAAAAACUUCUUCCUCUUCUGCAUUUCCAUGAGUUUAGCCAGCCACUUUGGCUUCUCGCAGACGCCAACAGCAUCAGGAAAAGAGGAUGCCAAUGAUAACAUCACUAUAUUCACCAGGAUCUUGGAUGGUCUGCUGGACGGCUACGACAAUCGACUGCGCCCAGGACUGGGAGAGAGAAUCACUCAGGUGAAAACAGACAUCUAUGUUACCAGUUUUGGUCCUGUCUCAGACACAGAAAUGGAAUACACAAUUGACGUGUUUUUCCGACAAAGCUGGAAAGAUGAAAGGCUGCGAUUCAAAGGCCCUAUGCAACGCCUGCCUCUUAACAACCUGCUCGCCAGCAAGAUUUGGACCCCAGACACUUUUUUCCACAAUGGCAAGAAAUCUAUUGCUCACAACAUGACCACCCCAAACAAACUGCUGCGCCUGGAGGAUGAUGGCACUCUGCUCUAUACCAUGAGAUUGACCAUCUCUGCUGAGUGUCCAAUGCAGCUUGAAGAUUUCCCCAUGGAUGCACAUGCUUGCCCAUUAAAAUUUGGAAGCUAUGCUUACCCCAAUUCUGAAGUGAUCUAUGUAUGGACUAACAGCACAACAACAUCUGUGGUGGUGGCCGAAGACGGUUCACGACUUAACCAGUACCAUUUGAUGGGACAAACUGUGGGGACUGAAAACAUCAGUACCAGUACAGGUGAAUAUACCAUUAUGACAGCCCAUUUUCAUCUGAAAAGAAAAAUUGGUUAUUUUGUCAUCCAGACGUACCUUCCUUGCAUUAUGACUGUAAUCUUAUCACAAGUGUCAUUUUGGCUAAACAGAGAGUCUGUCCCUGCUAGGACUGUCUUCGGAGUAACAACAGUCCUCACCAUGACCACCUUAAGUAUCAGUGCCCGUAACUCUUUGCCAAAAGUGGCCUACGCGACUGCAAUGGACUGGUUUAUAGCUGUCUGCUAUGCCUUUGUAUUUUCUGCAUUGAUUGAAUUUGCAACAGUCAACUAUUUUACCAAGAGGAGUUGGGCGUGGGAUGGCAAAAAAGCCCUGGAAGCUGCUAAAAUCAAGAAAAAAGAACGUCAGUUGCUGGGAAAUAAAUCAACUAAUACUUACAGCACUGGAAAGAUGACCCCUGCACCAAAUAUGCCAAAGGACUCAGCCCCAUCUGUCAUCUCAAACACUGCACCUGCUCCAGUGAAGUCUGCAGAAGAAAAGCCUGCUGAAAGCAAAAAGACUUACAACAGCAUCAGUAAGAUUGACAAAAUGUCCCGGAUAAUUUUUCCGGUGCUGUUUGGAACUUUUAACUUAGUUUACUGGGCCACAUAUUUGAAUAGGGAGCCUGUUAUUAAAGGUGCCAAUUCUCCAAAAUAAACUGAAGGACUCUAAAGCCACAUGUGAGCCAUACUCAAAAAGCAGAUGCUACCAAGGAAAAUUUGAGAUCCAGAUGACUUUCUACAUUUGGGCAAUAUUCUUCAGGAAGUUUUUUUGCAUGUUUAAUAAUAUGUACAAAUAAUAUUGCCUUGAUUGUUUCUACAUGUAACCUCAGAUGUUUUGGAGACUUACAGCAACAGAUCUUUCUAAAAGAUGAUCAGAAGACAUUGAACAUGGCUUCUUUGCUGCUGAGUAUGUUGUGUGGAUAGUUUACAAAUAAAAUAAGUUCUAUUUUUUAACUGUUGGAGUGUACUACAUAUCGUGGUUUUUAUACUUCAGAUGUACAGUCAUACAAAUGUAGGCUUAACCUGGAUUUUACAGAAGAGCUCCACUAUCAUCAUCUGGUAGGUUACUGAGUCAUGUCAGUUGUAAAUGUGCCAAAUUCCUAAGUGCAGGGCUAUGUUUGAGCACCUUUCCUGGUUAUAGGUAGCGCAUCAAUCCACAGAUGAAACUGCUCAGCCCGGUUUUCAUUAGAAGUGAAUCCAAUGCAGUAAAUCCUAACGGGGCUGUGCUGAUUUUCACUGUUUGAGCCUCUAGCUUGCAGUGAAGUAGCAUACAGAGCAGGAUGCUACUUGUGUAAAUAAAGGUGGUGGAACUUUGCCCUUAAAGAAAAAGAUGAAGUUUGUUUUGAUUUUGCAUCCCAAGGAUUUUUCUCAAGUGAUUCUCAGUAUUUAUUCCAAAAACUAGAGAUAUAUUGCAUGAAAUUAACAUAGAUUAGGAACAUACUUGUGCAAAUAAAACUUUUAACAAUGGCUGUAGACAUUUUUAUUAGGGUAAAGUAAAUGAUGUUUGGACAUUUUCCCAAGAAGAAGAUUGCAUUACAUUAGCAGAGAUUAACAGUAAAGAAUUACAGUCAUUCUGAAGUAAUGAUUACUUGUUUCCCCCAGUGAAAACCGAUCAGCCAACCCUAAGAAAUGUGAUCAGAAAAAAAAAAGAUAUGCUUCGUGACAGCAAGAUGUUUCAGUGAUAAUAUUGACAGAAAGGUCUUUGUACUGUCCAUCUGAAACUUUUCUAUGAAACGCCUUGCUGCUGCCAGUGUGUUUUGCUUUCACAAUGAAUGAGAAAAUGCAAUCUGACUUUUCAGCUCUUUCCUCCUUGGCAUCCUUUCUCUGUUCCAGAAGCUUUUGUAACUUAAUAUGUUUAAAUAAAAAAAAAAAAAGCAUUCAAC